AUGCCGCCUUCCCUCCCUGCAGCGAUCAACCACGUCCUUCUACAAAGGGGGUACUCGGAGCCGGUGUUCUUGGCUCAAAAGCAGUUGUGCUUGCUUGAUGUAAGACCGGAAAACGGCCGCUUUCUGAUCCCACAAAGAGAAAUCCAACAACAGUUCUUGACCGAGGAAGAGAAGACAACACUGAACAAUGGAGGUAUGAUUCCGAUAACGCUAAUGAAUUCGGAGUUCUCGGAGAAUAACUUGACUUUGAGGAAGUUGGCGGUGCACGACAUGUUCGUUGGCGGCGUGACCUCAUCGUACUUGUUGAUCAGGAAUGGCUGGAACCAAGUGGUUCUUCAGAAUGGGUUGCAGCCCAGCAACAUAGUGCGACUCUGGUCGUGCCGGACUCCUGGAAACGAUGUGUUUUUUGUUUUUGAUGUGGAGAGAGUGCAGCGGGAUGUUUCAUGUUUAUGUGCUCGAAUAAAUCAUGUAUUAAUUUAG